AUCACGAUCUUUGUUAAUACGAUAAGAGUAGUCCAUGUAGGACACUUGUAAAUGAAACAAGUGACCAUGAUCCUACAGUUAAUUCUUCUAGUUACCGGUGUUUUUUAUGUAUCAUGUGUGAACACGGCCUGCCAUGGACCGAGCUGUUGCCAUGGUAUCGUACAUCAGGACUGUCUGACCGGAGGCGUGUCAACCUCGGAGGUCAACAGCGCCAUGGUCAACCUCAACCUUCAUUACAACCUAGACUUAUGUCUGGAAAUACUACUGAUUAAGUGCGCUAACCACGUGACUAAGGGAGAUGAGGUCAUCUGUGCAUCGAACAACGUCACAUAUGAAAAUCAUUGUCACUUUGCUCAUGCCAAAUGUGAGUUUCACGUGCUCCAUCAGAGAGAUCUUCAAGUAAUACAUGCAGGACAAUGUUUCGCCUCAACCACUGCUCCAACAGUCCGCACGUCUGCGCCAAGUACACCAGAUUCUACCACGACAGGACUCGGAGUGACCCCCGAACCAACGACAGACAAGCACACAGCUUCAAUAUCACCAUCGACAACAACAAGCCCAGAUGGAACUACCUCUGACCCCAUCAACAGCAUCAUAGCCAGUGUGUUUUGUCAGCACGUCGCUUCCAUUGACUGCAGCGGAUCUUAUCAGAUUAUCUGUGGCACUGACGGGCAAUUCUAUCCUAACACAUGCGCGUUGUCCAAGGAGAAAUGCAAUCAACCCUAUUUGACAGUAGCAGCGGACGCAACAGGAUGUGUGCCUUGAUCGCAAACAUGCUGGACAUUUCAAGUCAAAUGGUGUCUUUGAAUUUGUCGUUACGUAUUUGGUAUUGUUUGAAAAUAAUAA